GGCCCCCAGCCCUUAUCUCCUCCAGUCCCUGGGCUGUUUGUGAAGGAGACUAUAAAGGGCUUGACUGGGAGAGUAGAGGGGGAGUAAAAGCAGCACCCAACCACACUGGGGGUCUGCUUGACUCAGCACGUCCUGCUCUGCACCAUGGGGAAGAAUGGGCUGCUCAUCAAGCCAAGUAUCUUCCUGCUUCUCCUCUUCAUCCUUCCGGGAGACACCUCACCCAUCACAGAGCCGCAGUAUUUGGUGCUACUGCCCUUUGUGAUACACACGGAUUCUCGUGAGAAAAUCUGUGUUCAGCUGACCCACCUGAAUGAGUCUGUUACUCUGAGUGCCACACUCGAGCAUCAAGGGGAGAACAGGAGCUUGAUUGAUGAUGUGGUGUCAGAGAGAGAUGUAUUCACCUGCAUCCCUUUCUCUCUUCCAAAAUCAAACAACCCAUUACCAGGCACAUUUCUCAGUGUGACAGUGAAGGGGCCCACCCUGCAGUUCAGGAGCCGCAAGAUGGUGCUGGUCCAGAAUUCUGAGAGCUUGGUCUUUGUCCAGACAGACAAACCCAUCUACAAGCCUGGACAGACAGUCCUGUUUAGAAUUGUUUCUCUGGAUGAAGAGUUCCAUCCCUUGAAUGAAGUGUUUCCACUGGUGUAUAUUGAGGACCCAAAGAAAAAUCGUCUGUACCAGUGGACACAGGUAGAGUUAGAGAUGGGAUUUGUACAGCUGUUCUUCAACCUCACCUCUGAACCUGUGCAAGGGACCUACACAGUGGUGGCACAGAAGACCUCUGGGAAGACAAUUCAGCAUUCUUUCUCUGUGGAGGAAUAUGUGCUGCCAAAAUUCGAAGUAAUAGUGAAAAUGCCCAAAGUGAUCACCAUUCUUGCUGAGAAGCUGGACGUGACAGUUUGUGGACUAUACACAUUUGGGAAGCCUGUUCCUGGUCUUGUGAGCUUCCGUGUCUGCCGGAAGUUUGAACACACAGGCCGUACCUGCUAUGGUGAAGAGGAUAAAGCAGUGUGUGAGGAGUUCUCUGGACAUGCAGACAACUAUGGCUGCAUUUCUGAAACGGUAAAGACCAAGUUAUUCCAGCUGAAGAGAAGUGGAUAUGAGAAUAAGCUCCAUGUGGAGGCUAAGAUUAAAGAGGAGGAUACAGGAGUGGAGUUCACUGGAACAAGCUUCUCUGAGAUCACAAGCACCAUUAGUAGAAUCACCUUUGAGCAUUCAGACUCCUACUACAAACGUGGAAUCCCCUUCUUUGGGCAGGUGAAAUUAGUGGAUGGGUCCGGUGCUCCAAUUGCCAAUGAAACUGUGAGGAUUUCUUUCCAAGGGGAACGGGAAGAAAACUACACAACAAAUGAAGAGGGCAUGGCACAGUUUGCUCUAAACACUUCCAUGUUGUCCUUUGACAAUGUUGGAAUUAGGGCAAUUCAUAAAACACACCCCUUCUGCUACGAUCGCUCCUGGGUUGUUCCAUAUUAUGCAGACGGCUAUCUCCAACUAAAGCGCUUUUACUCUCCUAGUAAUAGCUUCCUCAAAAUUGAGCCCAAGUCUGAGGCACUAAGCUGUGGCUCCUCCACAGAGAUCAGGGUGCAUUAUAUCCUUACUCCGGAGGCCAUAGCAGAGCAGAAGAAAAUCACCUUUUACUACCUGGUGAUGGCCAAGGGAAACAUUAAGCAAGCAGGCACCCACAUUCUGGAUUUGGACCAGGAGAGUGCCAGUGGUAUCUUCUUGCUACAGCUGCCUGUACAAGCUGAUAUUGCUCCAAUGGCCCAAGUACUUGUUUACACCACUGCCCCCAGCAGGGAGGUGAUUGCUGAUUCAGCCAAGUUUGACAUAGAAUUAUGUUUCAACAAUAAGGUGGACUUAAAAUUCUCUCCUUCAGAAGGCCUGCCUUCCUCUGAUGCUCAUUUGCUGUUCAGAGCCUCCCCGAACUCCCUCUGUGCUGUCCGUGCUGUGGACAAGAGCGUUCUCCUCAUGAAGCCAGAAGCUGACCUGUCACCUACCUCUGUGUAUAACUUACUGCCAGUGAAGGAAUUGCAUGGCUAUCAGCAUGGUCCAAACAUGCUCUUCGAGGAUCCCCUGGACAGUUGCAUUCCCGCGAAGCAAAUAGUUGUGGACGGGAUCACCUAUGCUCCAGUAAUGGAGGUGAAUGAAGAGGACACUUACAGCAUCCUAAAGGAUAUGGGUUUAAAGGUUUUCACAAAUACCAAGGUGAGGAAACCUUGGUACUGCAGCCCCGAUAAUUACGCCAGCCCCUUCUUUCGACAUGCCGGCCAUGCAUCACCUUUAGUCGCGGCUGGAGCACCGAUGUAUGCAAUGAGGACAAGUGGCAUUGAGGCAGAUAGAAUUUAUGAGACCUCAAGCACUCCCGAAGUGGUGACAGAGACAGUCCGAAAGUAUUUCCCAGAAACCUGGAUUUGGAGUUUAGUACCUAUAAGCUCUGAGGGAAAUGCUGAUCUAGAUGUGACCAUCCCUGACACCAUCACCGAGUGGAAAGCCAAUGCAUUCUGCACUUCAGCAGACACAGGCUUUGGCCUGUCUCCAACAGUGUCCCUCAAGGCCUUCCAGCCCUUCUUUGUUGAGCUCACCAUGCCCUACUCUGUAGUGCGUGGCGAGUCCUUCACACUGAAAGCCACCGUUUUCAACUACCUGACCGCCUGCAUCAGGGUCAGUGUGACUCUGGCUCAGUCUACUAAUUUCCUGGCUAUUCCAGUGGAAAAGGAUGAAACAUCUCACUGUCUUUGUGAGAAUGGGAGGAAAACCGUGGCUUGGCUGGUGACUCCAAAAUCUCUAGGGCAGGUGGAGUUCUCGGUGAGCACUGAGGCUCUACAGAACCAGCAGCCCUGCGGGAACUACAUUGUGGAGACCCCUGAGAAAGGGCGGAAGGACACAGUCAUCAGGCAGCUGCUGGUGGAGCCGGAAGGAGUUGAGAAGGAAACAACCCAGAAUUCUGUGCUCUGUGUAAAAGGAGUGCCUGUGAAAGAGAAGUUUUCCUUGUUGCUACCCACAAAUGUGGUACAAGACUCAGGCAGAGCAUAUUUCUCAGUGCUGGGUGACAUCAUGGGCACUGCCAUGCAGAACCUGCACCAGCUCCUCCAGAUGCCAUUUGGCUGUGGAGAGCAGAACAUGGUCCUCUUUGCACCCAACAUCUAUGUCCUGGACUAUCUGAACAAGACAGGGCAGCUGAGUGAGGAGGUCAAAUCCAAGGCCACUGGAUACUUAGUGAGCGGUUAUCAGAGGCAGCUGAACUACAAACACACAGAUGGGUCUUACAGUACCUUUGGACCACGUUAUGGCCAACCAGGGAACACCUGGCUCACAGCUUUUGUCCUCAAGUCCUUUGCCCAGGCUCGGCAUCAUGUCUUCAUAGAUGAGAAGCACAUCCAGGAUGCUUUUGUCUGGCUGUCCUACAAACAGAAGGAGAAUGGAUGUUUCCAGAGUUCUGGGACACUCCUGAACAAUGCCAUGAAGGGUGGAGUAGACAACGAGGUCUCGCUGACAGCCUACAUCACUAUCGCGUUGCUGGAGAUUCCUCUGCCUGUAACUCACUCAUUGAUACGAAAUGCUCUGUUCUGCCUGGAAACAGCGGCAGAUCAGAAAGAAAACCAUGUGUACACCAAGGCACUGCUAGCAUAUGCAUUUGCCCUGGCAGGGAAAACAGACAAGCGGAAGACAUUGCUUGACUCACUUGAAAAGGAAGCUGUGAAAGAGGAUGGGUCUGUUCAUUGGCAGCGACCUGGGAAAGAGCCAGAAGUUGAUCUCCCCUACUAUCGCUACCGAGCUCCCUCUGCUGAAGUGGAGAUGACAGCCUAUGUGCUCCUUGCUUACCUCACCUCUCAGCCAGCACCUUCCCAGGAGGAGCUGUCAUUUGCAUCUCAUAUUGCCAAGUGGAUCAGUGGUCAGCAGAAUCCCAAUGGAGGCUUCUCCUCCACCCAGGACACAGUGGUGGCUCUCCAAGCCUUGUCCCUGUAUGGAGCUCUCACUUAUGCCAAGAGCGGGGCAGCUUCCAAAGUGACCCUGCAAUCUGGAGGGAACUUCCAGCAAGACUUCCAAGUGGAUCCCACCAAUCGGCUGCUGCUCCAGCGCAUGUCCCUUCCCCGGGUGCCAGGGGAGUACAGUGUGGAGGUGUCUGGUGAAGGAUGUGUCUACCUGCAGACAAGCCUGAGGUACAACGUGCAGCCCACACAGGAGGAUGCACCUUUCAUGCUUCGUGUGUACACUAUCCCGGAGACAUGUGUGGACUCCAAGGCUCACAAGGUCUUUGAUAUUGGCAUAAAUGUCAGUUACACUGGAGAGCGCAACAGCUCCAACAUGGUGAUUGUUGAUGUGAAGAUGCUGUCGGGAUUCAUUCCCUUGAAGUCCUCAGUGAGGAAGCUGGAAAGCCACCCUGUUAUUGAGCGCACAGAGUUAAGUACCAACCAUGUCCUAAUAUAUCUGGAAAAGCUGAGCAGUGAGACCCUCAGCUUCUCCUUCACGGUGGAGCAGGACAUCCCCGUGCAGGGCCUGAAGCCAGCCCAGGUGAAGGUCUAUGACUACUACGAGACAGAUGAGUUUGCCACACAGGAGUACAGUGCUCCCUGCACCACAGUCAAGGCUGAACAGGGAAAUUCCUGAAGAAUGCAUCUUGUCUGAGUCUUGCUGUAUCAGCUCAUACGUCUCUGCCCCUAGAAGAUCUUCUUGUUGAGGGUGGGGUAUUGAAACAUUAGAGGAGGACACCUCAAAAACACAAAGGAAGUAACACUGUAAAUAAAUUAAGUCUUGAUUCUCA